AUCCGUCUUCACUUUUCCACACAGAGCUCGUUCUCCACCAUAAACCCUAGAAAACCAAAAAUCACCUGCAAAUUUUUGCAUCCAAGGAGGAGGAGAAAUUCCAUUCCAAUCAAAGAUGUCUUCAUCGAAGAAGAAUCAUUACAAAGAGAAGAUGAUGAAUCGCAAAAAGGAGAAAGAUAGAGGAGGAGAAGACAAACCAGACGAAACUGAAUUGCCUAAAUACAGAGACAGAGCUAAAGAACGAAGAGAAGACCAGAAUCCUGAUUAUGAAGCAUCUGAAUUGGGUUCAUUUCAUGCUGUUGCUCCUCCUGGUGCUGUUGAUCUUAGACCUGAAGAGGCAAUGAAGAUAUCUAUCGAAAAUUCCAAGUAUCUCGGAGGUGAUGUGGAGCAUACGCAUUUGGUGAAGGGAUUGGAUUAUGCGUUACUUAACAAAGUACGAAGUGAGAUUAAGAAACCGGAACCUGGAGAGGAAACUGAUGGAAAGACUAGCAAAAUUGCAAAGGAAGACCAUGCUGUGACUUUUCGUACUGCGACCGCAAAGUCGGUGUAUCAAUGGAUUGUCAAGCCUCAGACUACUAUCAAGUUGAAUGAGAUGUUUCUUCCUGGACGAAUGUCUUUUAUCUUCAACAUGGAGGAGAAUUUUUCUCAUGAUAUUCCUACGACAGUGCAUCGAAGUAAAGCUGACUGCCCAGAUCCUGAGGAACUGGUUACUGUCAGUGUUGAUGGUUCUGUGCUAGAACGAAUUUCUAAGAUAAUGUCAUAUCUCCGCCUUGGGACAUCAGGAAAGGUUCUGAAGAAAAAGAAGAAAGACAAAGAUGUAAAAGCAAAGAUCUCUGCUCUUGCCAAUGAUUAUAAUGAAGAUGAGAAACAACCAUUGCCUGAACGUGGAAUGCCGAAUCAUCGGAAUGAAAUGGAGAUCUUGCCACCACCACCACCACUUCCCCGAAAUUUCACCGGCAAAAUAGAGAAGCAAGUCCCAAUUGUUGCAAGAGCUGAAGAGGAAGAUAUAUUUGUAGGUGAAGGGGUCGAUUAUGCAGUUCCCACCAAUGACAUUAGCCCUGCUGUAUCAGAGGAUAUGGAAGAGUCUCCUCGAGAUAGGGAUAGACCUUCUUAUUUCAACGAACCUGAGUAUGGUCCAGUCGCACCACCACCUGAGCCUCCUCAGAAUUGGCAACAAAUGAAUGGGUACGAUGCUGUGCAAGCACAUGCCUUAGCUGCUGGUGGGUACCAAGGAGAGUGGCAGAAUUACCAGUAUUCUGAACAACAAAUGGCUUAUCCUGAACAGUACCUCCAGCAACAUCUGCAAACUUAUGAUGCACAAGGGGACCCUACCAUUCUACAAGAUCCAAACUUCAUGACCCAAGAGGAGAAGGAUCGAGGCCUAGGAUCAGUGUUCAAACGUGAUGACCAGAGGCUUCAGCAACUGAGAGAGAAGGAUGCUCGGGAGAAGGAUCCCAAUUUCAUAUCGGACAGUUACUCUGAAUGCUAUCCUGGUUAUCAGGAGUAUAAUCGUGAAGUUGUGGGCAGCGAUGAUGAAGAUGAUCUGUCGAAAAUGGAUAUGGGUGGCCGGGCUAAGGGUCGGCUUCAUCGCUGGGACUUUGAGACCGAGGAGGAAUGGGCAACGUACAACGAACAAAAGGAAGCAAUGCCUAAAGCUGCAUUCCAGUUUGGCGUGAAGAUGGCUGAUGGUCGCAAAACCAGAAAGCAAAAUAAAGAUCAGAAGCUUACAAAUGAGUUGCAUAAAAUCAACAAGAUCUUAUUAAGGAAGAAAAUGGAUAAAGAAGGUGGUGAUGAUGGUGGAGACUAUGACGAUGAACCAUCAGGAAAGAAGAUGCGGUCGUAAAGCCUGGUAACUUCAAAAUUCUGACUUAUCUACAUGUCUGUAUUAGUAUAUGAUGUGAGAAUUCAUUUUCUUGAUAUGGAUCUCAAUGUAGUUAGAAAAAAUUAAAGUCCUCUCCGUCUUUAAUUAGUCUCAGUAUUUGUUUAUAACCUUUUUGAAAUCUUUCUCCGGUUCUAUGUAUUUUGAGUUUGUAAUGGAAUUAGGUGCUGGUUUGUCGCCAGUUUAGGGUGUUAAAGCUUUGUAUUUUAAGAUGGAAAAAGUUUUUUGCUAGACUGCAAGCAGAACUCUGCAAAACAAAAGAUGGGGAAGUUGCCGUUAUCCCAGUUACCA